GACGACCUUUGAGCGACACUAGACUGACCUUGAGAGUGUUCACCCGAUGACAAGGACCAAAUGAGGCUUAUAAACCAUUGUGAGGAAUUUGAAUUAAAAUUAGCAUCAUCUGAUGGAUGAUUUUUUGACAUUUGAUGAUGGCUUAUUCGAGUCCAAUGAGUGCAAAGAAGGUUUUUUAUCUGUCUUUCAUCCAAAUGAAGUGGGAAAUCUAGAAUUUUUAUCAGGCAGCGAUGAGGAGUGUUUAAAGUCUUCAAGCGAUUGGCUUUAUUUAUCGAAGAAGUACGACGAUUGUCUGCAGUGUUUGCUUCAACUGUGGGACCGUGUUCAUAAUUACAAUGGGCUUCUUAAGAGAAUUACUGCUGAUGCUAUUGUUAGGUGCUGUUUGAAACUGAACAAACGAUGUGAAUUGCUUCCUUAUCUCCAACAGCACAGCCAAUUAUCAGUAAGCUAUGAGGAUUAUAUUGGACACUUGAUGCUUCAUUUUACUUGUUCAAUAAACGAAACAACGCAAGAUCGAAUUAAUUUACUCCAGCGUCUUCUAUUGGCACUUCCCCCAUCAUUUGUUGACGAUUCAUCAAUAUUUAUUCAUGAAAAUCUAUUUAAACACUCUCAAUUAUGGAUCGACUUAUCAGUUGCUUGGGAUCAAAUUCAGAUAGAGACUAGGACAAUGUAUUGUCCUGCAUGGUUUUCUAAGGUAGCAUUAUUGUAUGCUGAACUUGUUAAUACUAAUUCAAAGUUAAAUGAAAUUUCACUUACAUGGACUGAUAAAUUUCUUAAUCCUUUACAAAUCGAAAUAUGUCGUAAACUAUCAUUACGUAUUUUAACUACGUGUAGCAGUAGUGGUAGUUCUUCAACAGGCCCAUCUGCUACUACAAUGCUAAGUAAAGAUAACGGUGCAUCUAGUCACGAAAAUGAUGUACAAUUCAAUGGCGUUACUGUUACUUAUGAACUGCCGUAUAUUCCUAGUCAGAAAUGCUGUUCUACUAAUACUACUAUAGACAAUAACAUUCAAGAUGAAGUCGGACACGUGUUCUUCCAAGUAUUUAUUGCUCCAUUCAUGAGUAUUUAUGAAAAAUCAAUUUAGAAAACACCAGUAAUUUUUUGCAGUUGUUUUACACACACUUGUAAUUAUAAAGAAAGCUCCCGUUUUUUCCAAAGAAUCUGUUUUGUUAGCAAAUUAGUCACUUCGAUUUAGAUUUUUUUGAUAAUCAUUGUGAACGUGUGUUUACCCGAAAUUUUUUCUGUGUAUUUCAAACGUUACUAGGUACUCUUAAAAAAUAAUCAUGUCUCACUUUAUGUGUAUUAUGUUGUUUCGGGCUUUGUUAGGUUUGUAUGGGAGUAAGUUGGAAGGAAGCUAGGGGUGGCGAGAUGGACAUAUGGCAUCAGUCCCUGAAGUCAUUGACUAUUAAUCCGAACCAUGUUUAGUGGAUGCUAACGAACCGCAAUUGGUGAUUAGAGGCGUUAGGUGACAUGGCUUGGAGUGGGUUUCAGUGAAGCACGUGCAGUCAUUCUUUGUCUUAUUCUAGAUCCUGAAUUCCAAUAUUCUUUCAUAUAUACCUUCCCAUUUUAUCUUCCCAAACCAUGUUAUCAAUCCCGUCUUUCUGAUUAUUAUUGUUACUACAUUAUCCCUCCCCUCUUCCUGUUCAUCCUUUUACAUUCAAUCUAUUGUGCUAGUGUGUAUGGUAAGUUGGGGCAAUGCAUACGUUUUUGCCAGGUUAUACUUCGAUUAUGAUAAUGAUAACUAUGUUAUCAGGUGACAAUUAAAGAGAGACUAUCAUUGAUCACAAACCACACUGUGUGUAUCAUCAAAUCACUAGUUUCAGUCAUCUCUCAUAACAACCAGUAGAUCUGUAGUGAGAUUAAAACUGGUUUAUACCUUUAUUUCCACGAACUAAUUCUUUCUUCCUGUAUUGUAUCUUUACACACAGUCUUUCUUACCAUUGAAGUAACUACUAUGAACUUGGUGUUCAUUUUGUGCUAAUGAAGUGUGGCAACUUGGACCGAUGUAUAUAUGUACCUGGUCCUAUGUUGUAGCUAACUGACAUACUUCCUACUUUUAAUCAAGAUGGAAAAUUAGUCGGCAUGGUAGUGAAUCUUCAUAAACUAAAGUGGUUGGGGUAUGUUACGUUUUCACAACUACCGCCCACCUUGACAACCAAUACUUGCUAGUACAGAAGUGGGUUGGAAGAAAUCUAGAGGCAGUCAACCCAAAAUAUGACAUCAGUCUAUGAAGUCAUUAGCAUUUGGUUUGAGCCAUGUUAAUAACUGUAGUUUACCUAUUUGGGGUUCACGUGAUUGUCGUAACCAGUGGUUAAAGACUUUGGGUGACAUGGUUCAGAAUCCUCCACAAGUGCAUGAAUUCAUUGCCUUCUCUUAGUCCCUUAGUCUCAAAACCUUACUUUUUUUCUUUCUACACGAUGUUUCCUAUUAUUGCUGAUACUGUUGUUACUACUGCUCUGGGACUUAUCUAGAUACUUCUAUCCCCCUGUACUAAUGUGGUGUGGAAAUGAGUCGAAGCAUGUUUCAGGUUCAACUCUGCACAUAACCGACUUUUAAUUUCAAUUUCGUUGCGUAGUUGACCGGGAAGCCUGAUAGUCAGAACGCGCUAAGGAGUUGGGAGCAUCAGCUGAUUCUGGUAACUGUCAGAGGCUCAACUCAUUCGAGUCACUGACAACGAAAAGUCUGGUAUAAGAAACAAUCCGUGAAGCUAAUGGAAUAUCAAUCAAUAUCAUCUAAAGAUGCUUAGUUCAAUGGCCAGAGUUUUACAAGGAACAGUACGGCUUGUCUGCUACCCUGGUGACAUCGAUCGAACCGUCCUGCCCUCCAUGGCUGAUGAUGACUGAUCCACAUAACGGGGCGGAAGUCCACAAGGAACUCCAACUCUUGAGACACCACAAAUCAUCAGGCCCAGAUGGCUUAUCUCCGGUCCUUUUUAAAGGUGGUGGGGACCUAGUGAAAGAAGUGGUAGAUUCGUCUCCAGACUUCUGGUAAUUAAAGAGUAUUUUAGCAUUGUAGAAUGGGUCGAUAUUUGCCCCUAUCUUUAAGAAGGGUCCACGUUGUUUCUGCAACAACUAUCAGGGGAUAAGUCUACUACCGAUCGGGUCCAAAAUAUUGGCUUCCGUCAUACUCCGUAGAUUGCUUAAAACCCGGCAAAGACUGACUCGGGGAGGAGACUAGUUUUCGUUCUGAUAGGAUGCAAUGAUCAUAUCUUCUCCCUCCUCCAUCGUCAUACUUAUUACAGGUCAAUAACCAUGAUGUUUGGCAUUAGGGCCGCUUUCUGUUCGUUAGAUAGGACUGUUCGCUGGGAUUGUCCAUUGAAGAAGAGUGUAGUUGACAAGAUUACUAGCAUCUUGAAAGACCUAUAUGCGAACACCCCGGGCCGAGUAAGGCCAUACAAUCACCGCUCUCCAUAAUUUCUUUCAAGCAAUGGAGUUAAGCAGGGUCGCCCAAUCUCACCAUUCCUCGACUUUGUCAUCGAUGAUGUUCUGGAAACAGCUCUGACGGAUGCAGAUAGUGGUGGUGUGGUUCUGUUGCUUAGAGAAAGACUUUGAGCUUGCAGAUGAUAUUGUCUUACUGUGCGAUAAUACUCGAUCCACACAUUCCGCACUUGAUCAAUGUUCAUAGGUAUGGCAUAUGCUUUGCACCUUCGAAGUGCAAAGUACCUUUACAAGACUGACAGGACCCCUGAUCCUGCGCUCACCCCGGGUAGUGAGCAGAUAGAAGUAGUUGGGAAGUUCGUGUAUCUAGGUAGCUGCACAGGUGCUGGUUGUGGCGUGGAUAAUGAGAUCAAUUGACGUAUGGUGAGAGCCAGAGCGGCUUAUGCAAAUCUGGACCACCUUUGGUGCCUUCGUGAUGUCAGUCUGAGUGCAGAAGGUUAGAUCUACAAAGCGUUUGUGAGAGCAGGUUUGCUCUAUGCUUGUGAAACCUGGCCUCUCCGAGUUGAGGGUGUUAAACGGCUCUCCAUGUUUGAUAAUCGUUGUCUCUGAGGGAUUGCAGCAGUAUAUGUGAACGAAUGUUCGGAUAUUCAUUUAAACACAUUGAUCAUUGAAUAAUAUCCCAUGUCAUAUUUGUUUAGUUGUUUUAAUAUAUGUUUAGUUUUGUCGAUCAAAUAAUGGUGUGGUUAUUGGUCUAGUUGGUUUUAUGUUUUGAUUUUAGGAGGCUAAAGGUGAUAAGCGGGAAUUCCUAAAAACGAGUUUCGUAUUAACUGGUUCUCAUCACUAAAUGACGAUAGCUUAUCAAUAUUCUUCUUACUUACAAUUGAUUGAUGACUGAAUAACAACCAAUGUCAUGUGUGUAGAUCCCCUCUUAGUGUUAAAUGAAUUUUAUCGACCUAGCUUCAAUACAGGCAGUAAUCAAAGUGACUCGAUAUCGUGUGGACUAUGCUGAGAUGUAAGAUGGUGAUUGAAUGUAGUCGAUAAGGAAAUCUGGACCUAGGUGUCGUGUUAUUCAGUACUCAUCAGCAAGGUGUACCUGUAAUUUUUUUAAAAACUGGUGCAACUUGAUCGAUAGAAUCCCACCAGCACUAAGAAGGACAUGCCAGAUAUGAUAUUAUUUACUUCUGAGUGAUCGACCAAUUUUAAAUACGACUCAGUCCUAGUGGUCACAUUUCUAAUUACAAAACUAGGUAACACAUGAUUGAGUUCAUCGGGUAGCGUCAGUCCCAUCAACAUUAGAGGUACACCUUGUACACAAUAAAGCCAAAAAGUGACUGUGAACGUGGGAGACAAUAAUCAAUAAACUGGACAUGGCUUAAGAACAGUAAAUCGUACAAUAAUAAUAUAUAGGUCAAAAUAAAGCUUAUAACAAGGGGAAUAUAGAUAUACGUAAUCUAGUUACUGAAUAUUUAUACCAUAAGAAUGUAUAAAUAAUAUUGUUCCAUUAAUAAGUCUCAGACGUUACUCGUAAUGUAAUCUUGACUAGGAUAUAACACACCUUGCUAACGAGUACCAAAUAAAACGAGACCUAGGUUCAGAGUUUUCUAUCAACUACCUCCAACCACUAACUUAUCAUUUCUAAAAUGUUUUCUCUGCGUAUCCCUCAUAAUGUGUUACUGUGAUUUCAUUUUGCUGUCUUUUUUGUUUAAUUUCUUAUAUAACACAGUAAAUAGUGUUUUUUGAAAAAAAAGUUGUCACUAUGUGCAAUAUCACUAGUUCCCUUUCAAUACACAAAACUAAGCUGUUUCUUGUUCAUGCAAUCAGUUAGAAAAUAUGAGAAUGUUGAAAUACUGGGUUACUAAUUAUCAUUAACGAAUGUGUAAAUGCAAUUCAACUAAAUCUACAUGCUUUGAUAAACUCAUCUUCAAUAAAACUGUGGCCUUGUAUUCAUAAAUUUAGACGUGUAUUCUUCAAUCGGCCUAUUGAUUUAAAUGUAAUUCACAAAACAAACUGAUUUCUGGAACUGUCUCCUACGUAAAGGUUUGAAUAGCAGACACCAUCAAAUGAACCAAUCACAUGUCAUGUUAAUCUUUAUCCUUAUUGGUUAAUCAUUCAUUUGAUAAUUUUAUUCGCACAUAAGUGAAGAAAAUAAAUCAAGGUUUUAGCCUGAACUAUUUCUAUUGAAAUGAGACGUGUUGUUAUUCAAUGUCAACACGAUGACGAUAUUCCAAUAAUAAUGGAAAUAAUCAAUUCGUAUGGAGGAAGUUUAAUUCGACCACAGUCACCUCAAAGAUUCGAUAUGAUUCAUGUGGAUUUAUCAGAAGAAAAUGAAACAACAUUAAGUGAUUUUGUCAAGGAAUUACAAAGUAAGAUCAACUCAGUUGCAGUGAAGGUGUUUUGAAGGUUGAAACAACAAUGAGAUGACAACACUGAUAAUGACAACGAUAACACCAAUGUUAACCAAAUAGGAAGAAUAUUGUAGAAAAAACUUUGUUUAUUGAAUUUAUUGUUAUUAUUAUCGUCAUUAUCAUUUUUCCAUAAAAAAUUAUUAUAUUCAAUGAAAUAUAUUUUAUAACAAUGAAUGAUACCUGUUACAUAAUCAAGUUUAAUAAAGGCAGUUCAGUGAAGAAAACUGACUAUUCGAUGAUUACAUUUGUUAAAGUUACACAGUGGUAUUUAUAGUUAAUUAGCAUUUAGCAGAAAAUUGUUAAAUCAUAAAAGAAUUGAGAAAUUAUUAAUUUAAAAUAUUCUCAUUUGAUGUUAGGUAGUUGGUGGUAGUCAACAGGGAACUCUGUACCUAGCUUUUGUCUUAUUAGUUAGCAUGGAUCACCUCCGAUCUUAAGGGGACUGAUGCUCCUUUUAUGAUCUGAACUUAUUUCGUUAAGUUUUACAGACCAAUAUAUUGCUGCAUAGCUAUUCGAGCCGCGACUGACAUCCUGAGAUAUUAACAUUGAUUGAUUUUAAGUAGUGACCAAUGUCAUGUUUGUCUAGUUUUUUAAGUGCAAUUUAGUUACUCACCUUAGUGACUUGAAAUCACAAGUAUGAUGUCGAGAUAUUAGUUGCUUACAAGCAGUCAUCAGGAGACCCUUUAGGAGGUCAAUUUCGGUCUGAACAGAUCAGUAGUAACAAUUCAGUCAGUUGAGCUGGAGGACGCAGGUUUUAAUCCAUCAGAACACAUAAUUUCCCUCAAGAUAGAAGGUACCACUUGCCGACAUGCGUCAACUAGCACGAAACUCAGGUCGAACAGGGUUUCUUAUAGACUACCCUCAGCCACCUAAAAUUUAAAGUUGUCUUUUAGACUAGUGGCUACAUUUCAACCUGAUCGACGGAACUCGAUCAACAUUUAAAGGGCUGGAAGUACAUGACAUCAGUCACCACUUAAUUAUAUGUCUCCAUGUAUUGUGUAUAAGUUGCCCGAUAAGUGAAGGGUAAUAGGGGGGGGACGAAGCGGAAGUAACAAUUUGCAGGGUAUACUUAAGAUAACUGCUCACUUGAUAAGUGUAAAGAAGUGAUGAAUAUACAUGUCUGAUAAUCUUACAGAAUUAUUGAAAUCUAACGACUGGGCGCUGGGACCACGGAAGAACGAAGUACUGUACACAUAACAUCUAAACACAGACAUCAAGGUUAGAUCGAUGAAUUGUUAGAACCUCAGCUAUUCACUAAUUCUUUACAGAUUUUCCUAACCCGUUUGGUUUUAUCGAUAAUUUUUGAAGUUUGUAUAGAGACAGAUGACCGGAGUUGACCAAACUUUCAACAACACAACGAUUGAGUUAUUUGAAUUCGUCUUUAGAUAACUAUGCUAAAUAGGAUUCAGAUAUCUAUUUAGAAAAGGC